UUAAAGCUUUAUUUGAUCUUUUUCCUCAAUUGUUCAUGAUCCGAUAACGAUACAUGAGUAUCUGCCUGUCAUGCGACGUAGUCGUUCAAGCUUUGCGUGUUUAUUCAUUGUGGUAGCUGGUAUACUUUGGUUAUCGCAUUCGACGAUAAAAGAAGUAUAUAAUACCGCGAAAACUAAUUGGGAGGGAGAAUGGAAGAUGGGUUACUUCAUACGAUGGGCGAUGGCUUCAAAUCAACACCAAAUCCAAUUAUUCCAGCAGCUGAAGCCCCGCCAGCAGAAUAUCCCCUCAAUCUCAAUUUUCCACCUCCAACUCCCCCUUCCCCUCCAACUCCCAUUUCCGAUACAUCUCUACCGGAGAGUAACUCCGCAUUCGAUAAUAUAAGAUACCCCUUCCAAGAUGAUCUCUCCCUCCCCCUCGCAACCCUCGAUCUCAAAAUCCUCGCGACAAAAUGGCCUCACAACUACGACCCCGCCGCUCCAAUAGGUUCCAGAUACGCCUAUGCAACCUUCAUGAAUACGCACAAUCCCUCAAUCCGCGACCCAUACUUCAUGGCCGUGCAAUCACUCAUCUAUCGGGUUCUCUGGCGACCUUCUUCAAAAACCCACUCUUACCCCUUCAUCGCCUUCGUCGCUUCCCACGUCACUCAAGAACAACGACUAUUACUUGCAGGUGCGGGAGCUAUUGUACGAGAACUAGGCCCCUUGGAUUGGAACCCUAGUACGAAAGAUUUAGCGGAUGGAGAAGACAAGCCGAUUUUUUCACGAUGGAGAGAUACCUUUUCGAAAUUACAUAUGUGGGCACAGACUGAUUUCGACCGAAUAUUAUUUCUAGACGCAGAUGCAUUUCCAUUAGAGAACCUCGAUGAGAUGUUCGACUUAAUUCCCCCAAAAGCAUGUAAUGCCCUACAACAAGAACCGAGUGAUCACUUUCCCGACGGCUCAACAAGCUGCAAUGGCGAGGAAUUUAUCUUCUCGGGUGUUCUUCAGACUCCUGAAACUCCGCUGGUGAUUAAUGUAGGAGCAAUGGUUUUUACACCUAGUCAAUUGAUGUACAAGAGAUUCCUACAAAAUUAUCAGAAAUACAAUAUGUAUAACACGAAUAUGGCCGAUCAAGCAUUUUUAGCGUGGCAAUUUAAAGAAGAUGGUGCGUUUCCGGUUACACCCUUAGAGAGGAAAUGGGGAGGAUUUUUCCCGCGUGAAGAUGAUAGGGGGAGAUUGAAGGUGGUGCAUGAGAAGUUGUGGGCUUUGGAUGGGUGGCUAUUGCAGGAGUGGAUGGAGGGGUGGAUGGAAAUGUUGGGUUGCUAUGAUGGUGGUGGGUUUGAGGUGGAAAGAAAUAGAGAUGAAUUUUUUAAACCGAAAUUGGGAAUGCAUUUCGGGAACGAGGAGAUGGUUUAGAGUUGUUUGGUAGUUGGGCAUUUUGCGGCUUGGAAGUCGAUGCUCAAUUAGUUGGGAUUGAUUGAGUGUAUUCUUAUGUCUUUGUUUUAUACCAUUUUGAUUCCUGGGAUUGUUUGGGUGGAUUAAUGUUGUAUAUCUGAUUCAGUUUGGCAUAUAAUAGAACCAUCUUGUCAAGUACUGCUACAUACUAUACUGUCUACGC